AUGUUCACCGAAACUUUCAAUGCGACUACCUUUUUCAUCACUCAUUUCUGUGAACAAGUUUGGUAUUUUCUUAGUUGGAUGCUCGAAACCAUUGUGUUCAUCUUCCAGUCCAUUGCCUGGUGCAUUUGCGAAAUCACCUACGGAAUCUUUGAAUGGGUGAUCCCUUGCACCGUGGCUAUCGUACUCUUCUUUGUCGGUAUUGGGUUGAUCUUUGGUGUUUUGUUCGGUUUUGUGGAACUUUUAGGAUUUGCUGCGAAAAAAUAUGCGAGCUCGGUACGCGAUGCACGAGAUCGGGAGAAUUUUCAAGAGGCCAAGAUAGAUUUCUAUGCUUGA